UUAUUGAAGCUUCUCGUGCACACCUCACAGUCCCCCUCCUUGCCUUGUCAUUCCGCCACGUGCGCCCACAGCCUCCUCUCCAACCUGCGGGGAAGCACGCGCUGGAAUUUGCGGCUGGAAUUAAAAAACUUCCACGGCUAUUCACAAGCAGCGGCUUCCAUCGAGAGAGCAGAUCGAGAGGGCUGCUGCUGCUGCGGAGGAGGAAGAGGAAUUAACCAGACAUCGGAGAGGGAAUUUGACCGACACUGUGACGUGUCGGAGCCUGGACGGAGGAUUACCACAGUCUCCAACCGUGGGGAGAUUUUUUCUUCCCUCUAAAAAUAGGCGACUUUGGUGCUCAGCCUGCUGCAGGUCUGCCCGCCCCCGCUCGGAGAUGAUAACGGAGAUGCUGACUGGUUGAAAGACGAGCUUUCAGUCAGCGCCACAGAAUUUGUUCGUUAAAAACUCCAAACUGCAUUUCUCCAUGAAAAAUGAUUCCUGAGAUCCUCGCUGGAUUAUUACAGUAGGGUUGUCAGUAGUGUGAUUUGUUGGUGAUCGGAGCUGGACACCGCCCGGACCCCAGCUUCAAGGCUAUACCGGACCGGGAUUUCAGCUUCCAGCCCUUCUUGCUGACGGGAGGAAACUGCGCACAUAACCGGAACCAGCCGUGCAGAGACCCACACGGAUGCUUGAAUAAGUGAGAAGGUUAUUUGCACUCAAGGACACCCUCCGUGUUGGUGGUGGGUGUAGUUUCGUUGGUGUUUUGGAAGCAGAGACCGGAGCUGCGCGCAGAUUUCUCGCGGAUUUAAAGGUAUUUUGCCUCCCAGCGUUACUUUUUCUUUGCAUUGGAUAUCCCUCUGGGGACUGUGCUCGAGUGAAACGACACAUUUACAUGGAUGGCACGACCCUGUUACUUUAACGGAGUCACGUUAAUUGGGCUUUAGGGGGCGAAAGGGAGACUAAUAGGAGUUUUUUCCGCAACCGCAUGACCCCUCAACCCACCCACCCUGCUCGUUUGAGGAUCUAUGCGUAUUUUGGGUUUGCACGGUGAGACCACCGGCACCUGGAUUCCUGGUUAGCCCCCUUUUUUGCCGGGCUUGCGCGCACGUCUGUUCCGGUAAUUCUGCUUCUUCUUCUGCUGCUGUCCGGUCCCCCCCCCCACACACACACACGCUCUCUCACACACUCCGGUUUAUUCAGCUCCAGAAAACUACCAAGAUAGCCUCUCUCUCUCUCUCUCUCCCUGUUUGAAUGGGAGAGGAGAGGAGUUGGGAUACGGAGCCUGAUCGCCCUUUUUUAGAAAGCCUGCCGGGGCUUCUUCUUGUGGUUUAACUCCCAUCAGUGGACGAGGAGCAGAAGAGAGGGGAAAAAAGACAAAACAAGAGGAGAGGAGCUGGAGAUCGAUGAAGGUUUCAGGAAGGAUUGAUCUGGCAACUAGAUGACAGAAAGGUAGGAGGGUGUCCUUGUUAGCUUGUCAUCCUGUUGUAACCCUGAAGGCCGAGGGUGAUGUGACUGGAAUAUAAAUUCUCUAUAAAAGGACUGACUCUCUACCCAAAGACUCCCUGAACUCCCCAAGACGCUCAGGUUGCUGCAGAUCACAUCAGGUCAUCAGGUGACAGCUGGACUCCGUCCUGAUUGGCUCCCCUCCAUAAAGAAAUACUGAGCCCCUCCUUAUCAGCAGAAGAGAAGAAGCCAUGGAGGUCGUCUCCUCGCUGCUCUGCCCGCUCCUCCUCCUCCUCCUCUCCAUCCUCCUGUCCUGCUCCUCCUCCAUGCUGUGCCCGAAGCGGUGCACCUGCCAGAACCUGCUGCCCUCCUACACGGUGCUGUGCGCCAAGACGGGCCUCCUCUUCGUCCCGCCCAACAUCGACCGGCAGACGGCCGAGCUGCGGCUGAUGGACAACUUCAUCACAACGCUGAGGCACCGCGACUUCGCCAACAUGUCCAGCCUGAUCCACCUGACACUGAGCAGAAACACCAUCAGUCAGAUCCGGCCGUACACCUUCGCCGACCUCCAGGAUCUCCACGCGCUCCACCUGGACGCCAACCGCCUCACCACGCUGGACGACUCGCACUUCCAGGGCCUGGUGAACCUGAGACACCUCAUCCUGGCCAACAACCAGCUGCACAGCAUCUCAGAGGGAGCCUUUCAGGACUUCCUGGAGACUCUGGAGGAUCUGGAUCUGAGCUACAAUAACCUGGUGGACAUCCCCUGGGAGACCAUCGCCCUGCUGGUCAGCGUCAACACCCUCAGCCUCGACCACAACCUCAUAGAGAGCGUCCCCGAGGGGAUCUUCUCCAACCUGCACAAACUGGCCAGACUGGACAUGACCUCCAACAAGCUGAAGAAGAUUCCUCCAGACCCGUUGUUCCUGCGGAUCCCGGUGUACGCUAAGAUGAAGGGUUCUCCUCUCACCGCGCUGGUCUUGAGUUUUGGAGGAAACCCUCUGCACUGUAACUGUGAGCUGGUCUGGCUACGCAGGCUGACCCGAGAGGACGACCUGGAGACCUGCGCCUCGCCCAGAGACCUGGCUGGAAAAUACUUCUGGACCAUCAGAGAGGAGGAGUUUGUCUGCGAGCCGCCCAUGAUCACCCGUCACACCUCCAAGAUGUUUGUGAUGGAGGGUCAGGAGGUCAGCCUGCGCUGCAAGUCCAUCGGAGACCCCGAGCCGUCCACUCACUGGGUCAGUCCGGACGGGAAGCUGAUCGGAAACACGUCCAGAACCGUCUGCUACGAGAACGGCUCUCUGGACAUCCUGAAAGCUUCAGUGAAGGAUUCUGGAAAGUUCACAUGCAUAGCCUCAAACGCAGCUGGAGAGGCGACGGCUCCCGUCGAGUUAGUUGUCAACCCGUCGCCGCACUACGACCCGAAGCUGGACCCGGACCCGGGGCCUUCGGACAUCCCCACGUCUAUAAAGUCGAACAUCAGCGGAGGUCAGGCGCGCUCCGACCAGCAGAGGGUCAGCGUGUCGGAUCUAACGUCCGGCUCGGCUACCAUCAGAUGGCCCCCGCAGAACCACAUACCGGGAGUCCGCAUGUACCAGAUCCAGUACAACAGCUCCACAGACGAUAUACUCAUAUACAGGUAAGAGGAAGUCUGUGUGUGUGUGU